ACCAGUCAGAGGCGAUGGUGCUGUGGCGGCGGUUCGUCAUCGUACUCGGCAGCAGGGCCGCGGCGAGGCAGUACAGUAGUGGCAGCAAGGGCCCAAAGCUGAGCUACUGGCAUGAGGCCAGCGAGAUUCCUCUUGUCAACCUUACAGUAGGUCAACUGGUGGACAAGAGUGCACAGCUUUGGGGAGACCGUGAAGCCAUCGUCUCUGUGCACCAGGGCCACCGCCUCACCUUUCAGGAAGUCAAGGAAAAGGUUGACAAAUUAGCAGCCGGCUUCUUAGAGAUUGGUCUAAAGCAUGGUGAUGCUCUUGCUGUGUGGGCUCCCAACCUUACCGAGUGGUACCUGACAAGCUUAGCUGCCAACAAAGCUGGAUUAGUUAUUGUGAAUAUCAAUCCUGCUUAUCAAAUCCCUGAGUUAGAAUACUGCCUGAAGAAGGUGCAUGUUCGUGCUUUGGUUGCAGCAGAAACAUUUAAGACACAAAAAUAUCCUGAGAUGGUGCAGGCACUGGCUCCAGAGGUGACUGCAGCAAAGCCUGGACAUUUGAAAAGUCUAAAUUUACCCAAUCUCACAACAGUCAUUGUAAUUGGAGAUAAGCAAUAUCCUGGAAUGUUCAGAUUCAGUGAUGUUAUGAACUGUGCGUCAACUGCAUCAUUUGAGAAGUUAAAGCAGCUGGAUUAUGAUAUCCAAGCAGAUGAAGGUUGCAAUGUGCAAUUCACAUCGGGCACAACCGGACAUCCAAAAGCAACCUUGUUAAGUCACCACAGUGUUGUCAACAACUCAUAUUUCUUGGGUGAGAGAGCAGGCCUAUAUAAAAAGCAUCAUCGUAUAUGUCUACAAGUGCCCUUUUUUCACUGUUUUGGAAAUGUGUGUGGAGUUCUCAAUUCACUGCAUCAUGGGUGUACAAUUGUGUUACCUUCAGCGGGUUUCAAAGGAGAGGAUUCAGCAAAAGCAAUACUGAAAGAAAAAUGCUCUGUUCUGUAUGGUACCCCUACUAUGAAUAUAGAUCUGUUAAAUUUUGUAGAAAGUUCUGGAUUGAAAAUAAACUCAUUAGAAAUUUUGGCAAGUGGUGGUGCAAUAUCUUCACCAGACCUGUAUGAAAAGUUAACCAGAACAUUUGGACUUGAGAGAGUUACAACUUUCUAUGGCAUGACUGAAACUGCUCCCUUGUCAUUCAUUCCUGAGGAAAAUGAUCCACCAGAGAAAACGUACACUACUGUUGGCAGAGUCAUUGACCAUGUUGAGGUAAAAGUAGUCGACGAAACUGGAAAGAUGGUACCACUUGGUACCACUGGCGAACUCUGGGUGCGUGGCUACUGCAAUAUGCUAGGUUAUUGGGGUGACAAAAAACACACAGAAGAAACAAUCAGAGAAGAUCGAUGGCUCAGAACAGGGGAUGCUUUCAUCCUUGAAGAAAAUGGUUAUGGUAAAAUUGUUGGCAGGAUAAAAGAUAUGAUUAUUCGCGGAGGAGAAAAUAUAUUCCCAAAGGAAAUAGAAAUACUAUUGGAGACUCAUAGAAGUAUUUCAGAAGCUCAGGUGUUUGGGAUAGCUGAUGACAGACUUGGUGAACAAGUGUGUGUCGCCAUAAGUACCAAAAAGGGCCACAAACUGACCGAACAAGAUGUGAAAGACUUCUGCAGAGGAAAGAUUGCACAUUUCAAGAUACCACACUACAUCAGAUUUGUGGAGGAAUUUCCAAAGACUGUGUCAGGAAAAAUUCAAAAAUUUAAACUGAGGAAAAUGUUAGAAAAAGAACUUGGGAAAGAAACACAGUGAAUGAUGAUGCAGUCAUGAAAUGAAGUAUUCUGUGUAACUGUAAAAGAAAAUUUUAUUGUGCUUAAAAUAUUCUUUCAGGAUAUUUAAAUAAUAAAUCUGAAAAGCAGAAUGAACAACAAACAAACUGUUAAGUUUAAAUCAAUGUUCUUAGUUAAUAUUGAAUAGCUGCCAUAAGAAACUUGAAAAAUAAUUUGUAUAGAUCAGUGGAGCACCUUCAUCAUGUAAAUGUAACUAUGAACAGCAAGUGACAGAAGUCACUGAUAUUAGAAUACUGGCACUAUUCAGUGCAUACUACAUAAAAAUGUAUAGAUGCUGAGUAUAAUAUUUAUAAAUUAAUAACCUAAUUUGAUGUUACAGUAAGUAAACUUUUUUUAAAUUAUAAAGUCUUGGGCAUUUUUCUAUGUUCUGUGAGUCAGCUUCCACCUCCGCCAGUUCAAAUAUUUCAAAAUGUUUUUACCAGAAUGAAGAUUGUAAUCCCAUACUGGCAUUUGGAGCAGUGCAAGAGAGGAUGUGAAACAUUAGAAUUUUUUAAAAAAUAUACUCUGCAUGUUGUGAUUUGGUAAUUGCUCUAUGGUAUAGAGCUGAUUUGAAAAACUUUUGACUUCUCUGAACAACUGGUUCUGUUCACACAAUACACAAAAAUUAACAUGCAAAUUAAUAAUGAAAUUGUGUUAAUGACAUAAGUAUCACAUCAAAGUGCUGCAUCUUUCUACUAGAAAUGCUGAAAAAUAGAACUUGUAAUACAAUAAAUGUU